AUGUCUGGAAACCCAUCGCGUCCCGUUGUGCAUUCGGAUGUGCCCCACGGGUUCGUUGAUAUACUUGAAUCUCUAGUUGGUUUUGUGUCUCGUCAAUGUGGAUUUCAAUACAUCGAGCAACCAUGUCUCCCAUUGCUGACAAACUUGCUGAUAUCAUUUUUUGAGUCUCUAGCUACAAAAAGUCUUGGCUAUGCCGAAGCUGCGAGUCGGACAAAGAUUGUUUUGAAUGAUUUGGUACUGGCAUUUGUUGAUUUCGGCUUUGAGCUUUCUCGAAUAUUUGAGCAAAGCAGGCAUUAUCCGCUGCCCGGAUUCAAUGGUCCCACGGCUCUAGGUGACCCAGCCCGAGGCGUAGUCUGUAAGGCUGUGAUUGGUCCAAGUGGAGCGCCGAUCAUUCCCUGUACUGUCAGUCUUCGCACCGACGCCGUCAAAUCUGUGGGAUCCGGUGCAGCAUCUCUGCCUGCCGCAGGUGGCGCAGCAGCAGUCAUAGCAGCACCUCAGACCGCUCCCAAGGCUCCUGCGCAUCUUCUCCUUCCACCCUUACCCGAACCGCACACUUAUCUGGAUUCCAAGGUUACGCGACCUCCACCGGCUCAGAACUUGGCCAGUCUGCGAAGGCAAGUGAUUGAUCAGCGCAGACAGAUGCAACUCUCGCUAACAUCUUACGUCUCUCUUGGACAAUCGGUGGAUCAUUUAUUUCCAGGAGAUCGCGAAUCCUUCCCCAUUUUGUUGCCCCAGCCCUCGAGUAGACCGUAUGUCUCUGCUCUGUUAGCGGAGUCCCUGCCUGAGUCGGAGGAAGAGGUCAAUGAUGCAACAAAGCCCACGGUCCAGGAUCCCACUGAAAAGGCUCAUUCUGUUGACGGAGCUGUUUCUAACUUCUACCUCUGCAAGCCUACCUUUCCCAGUGCUUAA